AUGGCUCCUUCAGAGCAGUCCUGGGUUCCCCCAAUUCCCCCUGCGGGUAUUCCAGCCGACACCCCAGAGAUACCCCCCGCAAUUUCCACGCCAGCCCAACGAUACGGCAAGAUCCAAGACGAAGGCGCUAAACGACAACGCUGGAUCGAAGACCCCACAGACGACACAUGCCAAAUCCAGCGCAGCAUCCUGACAAUUGACGACCUUAUAGCGGCGCGGUGGUACGUCCGUACUGACAAGCACAACAUCCCAUUCCAGGUUUCCGAGAACGCCUUCGCACUGGGCUAUGCCAACGAAGCGGUAUACAACCAGACAGUGACACAAAUUUACGCAUCGGGCGAUCCUGGAAUUGCUGGUUGCCAGAACGUGUACGACAUCAUAGUCGGAAAGGGAUUGAUCAUCGCCGAGGGGAUGUUCCGAAGUGAUGGGCCUCAGUUCUCUCAGAUUGCACGAGCUCAUUUGCAGGAGAUUGCCGAGCCGCAGACUCUGCGACACUUCUACGUUUGUGAUAUUGUCAAUAUCGAUACUAGGAAGUUUGUGCAAGAGGUUCUGUAUUCAUCGCGAAAUGAUCUCACCUGGCCUCCGGUCUGUGAAGCCCCGCUGAUCUGGCAGUAUAAUACCCCUGAGUACCAGGGUAUUCUAGGUACGCGUGUUGGGAGGUGUGCGGUUUAUCUGGUCCUGGAAAUCUUUCCUAGAGGUACGUAUUAUAUUGCUAGGAUUGUGACCUGGGAUCAGAGUUGUUCACUUGAGAUGAGGUUCGAUAUUGAGCCGAUUCCUGUAUCGGCUUCUGCUGGUUGA